ACAUCUAAAAAGGUCAUUCACAAGUCGUCCACUCGUUUCCAGUGCGAUUUGUGUUUUUGUUCACACGUAAGUAAAUACUUGAUUAAACAAUUUGUUGUAGCUUGUCCUGAGAUGGGGUUUUACGUGCAAUGUUUUUGGCUAUAGUUGAACGUUUUUCAUCUAGCCAGAUAACUUUAAAAAAAAAUCUUUAUCGUCUACUGACUGUCAACAGUCGCUGGCACGUUAGCUUAGCUAGCGAAUAUAAACGUUAGCUGUUGCAUACGGAGAGGUAAAGUUAGUGGUAUUAUUAUUUUUAACUAGUUAGCAAGCACUUUUAUAGAACAUAACAAGGAAGAUGGGUUCGUCGAAAAAACACAAGGAAAAGGGCCGUGAUAAAGAUAAGGAUGCCGAAGAACGUGGUCACCGCGAACACAAAAAACACCGUCAUAAGGACCGGGAGAGGGACAAGGAACGAGAUAGCAACCGAGAGCGGGAGAAAAGGAAACGAUCCAGAUCGAAGGAAAGGAGUGGACGGGGUUCCGAGAGAGACGGUCGCAGUAAAGGGGAGAGGAGUACUGGGGAGCCUCGCGUAAAGAAAGAAAAAGUGGAGUCCGGAUGUGAGGGCACAGAAAUUGCACCACAGUCUGCAAGUGGAGAUGCCUCGCUUACCAUUGAAGAGACAAACAAGCUGAGGGCCAAGCUUGGUCUGAAGCCUCUGGAAAUGACUGACACCACUAAAGAGCUCGGCACAAAGGAGCAGCCAAUUGUUGCAGAGACGAUCAACCCAGUGUAUAUUAAACAGCAGAAAGAGAUGAGGGAGAAACUGGCAGCUCUGAAGGAAAAGAGGCUCCUCAAUAAGAAACUGGGGAAAGUGAAGACCUUAGCAGAAGAAGACUGGCUGGAUGACACUGUUGCCUGGGUUGAAAGGAGCCGGAAGAUGGCCAAAGAGAAGGAACUGGCCGAGAAGAGAGCCAAGCUUCUGCAGGAGAUGGAUGAGGAGUUUGGCGUGAGCAAUCUGGUGGAGGAGGAGUUUGGACAGACCAAGAAGGCCGCUUACAGCUCUCGGGACCUAAAGGGUCUCACUGUGCAGCACAAGAUGGAGUCAUUUAAUGAAGGGGAGACUGUCAUUCUCACACUGCAAGACAAAGGUGUGCUUGAUGAAGAGGGGGGCGAUGUUCUUGUAAAUGUGGGUCUGGUGGACAAAGAAAAUGCUGAGAAGAAUGUGGAGUUGAAGAAGAAAAAGCCUGAUUACAAAGCCUAUGAAGAGGACGAGAGUGUGGAUGACAUGGUUACGUUCAAGCCGCGCACUGUGCUGGGCAAGUAUGAUGAGGAGAUUGAUGGAGAGAAGAAGAAGAGUUUCCGGCUGAGCAAAGGGGGCUGUGCUGAGGGGGAACGGGAACGGGAGCUCCAGGCCAUCAGGGAGACCCUGAGGAACCAGGCCCAGUCUCUGGAGAUGCCUGCUCUCGCUAUUGCCUCAGAGUACUACACACCCCUGGAGAUGGUUGGCUUUAAGAAGACCAAGCAGCGCGUCAGGAAGAUCAGGAAGAAGGAGAAGGCAUUGCCUGAUGAUCUCCAAUUAGACGACACACGCAACACCGACUUUGGCUCCAGGGCACGGGGUCGGGGUCGCAAGCAGUUGGAUGAGGAGGGCCAGGAAGGGGUGAAGGAGCGUGUCAACAUACCGGGACUAGAUGUACCCCAACAGUCAGAUGACAUCAGGAUGGCGGACAUGGACAUCAGUGACGAUGAGAACUUCACCCCCCCUGAUCCGGCUGUGCUGGAGGAGGACGAGGCAGAGCAGGAGCUGCAAAAGCAGCUGGAGAAACAGCGAAAACUCAAACAGAAACAGCUGCUCAAAAACUCUGGGGAAAAGGUGGCAGAGCAGGUCCGAGGGCUUGCAAGAGGGGACGACAGCGACGAUGAAGAAGACAAGAACAACCUGAACAUUGUGUUCAAUGCCACCUCUGAGUUCUGCAGAACUCUGGGUGACAUCCCCACCUACGGCCUGUCGGGAAACCGAGAGGACCAGGAGGAUAUCAUGGAUUUCGAGCAGGAGGCGGAGAGAGAUGGCGCUGGCGGUUCAGACUCCGACGGGGAUGAGAAUGUUGGCUGGAGCAUCGUCAACGUGGAUGAGGAGCAGAAGCAGCCUGAUUUCGCCACAGCCUCGACCACCAUCCUGGAUGAAGAACCCAUUGUCAACUCUGGGCUGGCUGCUGCCUUGGCGCUCUGCAAGAAUAAGGGUCUCUUGGACACUCAAAUGCAGAAGAUAUCCCGUGUCCGUGCUCCUACCGGUGCCCUGCCCAAUGAUAACUACAGCAUUGAGGACAAGAUGACUAUAGAUGACAAGUACAGUCGGAGGGAGGAAUAUAGAGGCUUCACCCAGGACUUCAAGGAGAAGGAUGCCUACAAGCCAGACGUCAAGAUUGAGUAUGUGGAUGAAUCUGGACGGAAGCUCACUCCCAAAGAGGCUUUCCGGCAGCUCUCACAUCGGUUUCAUGGGAAGGGGUCUGGCAAGAUGAAGACUGAGAGGAGGAUGAAAAAGCUGGAAGAGGAAGCGCUGCUGAAGAAGAUGAGCAGUAGUGAUACCCCUCUAGGAACUGUUGCUUUGCUUCAGGAGAAACAGAAGUCACAGAAAACCCCCUACAUUGUUCUGAGUGGGAGUGGGAAAAGCAUGAAUGCAAACAACAUCACCAAAUAGAUGUGGUUGAGAAGAGGGAUCUGACCAGUGAGGACGUGUGCCAUGCACCAUUACACAGACAAACUGAUGUUAAGUUUAUUUUCCUUAUUGAAUAAAAUCAAGUAGCUUCCUAUUACUGUUGUGUGUGUAAAGAAAGUCGUUGGUGCUUUUGACCCUGGAUUUAUGUCUACAAUGAUUAUAAUUUGUUAUUUACAUACAUUAAAGAUUUGACAUGA